AUGAGGACAAUCAUCGCGACAGCCUGCCUCGUGUCGACGGCCUCGGCCUUCCUGUUCCCAGGACUCGGCGGCGGCGGCGGCGCGUGCUGCGGCGCGGCUCCGGCUCCAGCUCCCGCCUACGCUGCCCCUCCAUCCGGCGGUUACGCCGUCGCCCCACCACAGUUCCCAUCCGGCGGCUACGCUCAGGCCCCAGCCUUCGGCGGACAAGGCGGUCUCGGCGGCGGCUUCGGAGGACUCGGCGGCGGAAGCUACCAACAGGCCCCAGCUCUCCCAAUCGGCGGAUUCAACCACCAACUCGGCGGCGGCUACCAACAGGCUCCAUCUCUCCCAGUCGGUGGCUUCCAGCAACAGGGAGGAUACCAACAAGGACCUUCUCAGCCAGUCGGCGGCUUCCAGCAGCAGCAGGGAGGAUCCUACCAGCAGGGACCAUCCCAGCAAGUCGGCGGAUUCCAGCAGCAGCAGGGAGGCUACCAACAGGGACCAGCUCAGCCAGUCGGAGGCUUCCAGCAGCAACAGGGAGGCUACCAGCAAGGACCCGCCCCAGCUCAGCCAGUCGGCGGCUACCAAGACCAGCAGCCUCAGGCCCAACAGGGAGGCUACCAAGAACAGCAGCAGCAGCCCCAGCAGCCCCAGCAGCCCCAGCAACAGGGAGGCUACCAGGAGCAGCAGGCUCAGGCUCAGCCCGUCGAGCAGCAGGUCCAGGUCCAGGCCCCACAGCAGACCUACCAGCAGCAGCCUGCCCCAGCUCAAGGCUACCAGCAGGGACCCCACCGCAAGGCUCACCGCGCUUAG